CUCUCCCACCCCCCAUUCGCCCGACCACUAUUAACUCCCGCCAUACCUCCCACUCCACGCGCCCGAUCCUACUCGAGCCAUGAAGGUCUCCGGCGAGAACAACGGCCACCUUCCCUCUCCCACCGACGCCCGCCAUAAACUGGAACGCCGACGGCGGCGACGCAAGCUCUGCUGCCUUCUCUGCCUCCUUAUCCUCGCCCUCCUCAUCAUCGCCGCCGUCGUCCUCGCCCUCACCGUCUUCAAGGUCCGCGACCCGACGAUGGAGCUCGUCUCCACCACCGUCUCGGGGGUCUCCCCCAACAUCAGCCUGUCCUCCCUUCGCGUGGAGUUCAACAUCACCCUCGACCUGGCGGUGCGCGUCCGCAACCGCAACUACGCGUCCUUCGCCCACGCCUCCGGCGGCCACACUCAACUCCUCUACCGCGGGGCCGAGGUCGGGAAAGCCAGGGUGGAGCCCGGGCGGAUCCCGGCGCGGGGGACGGAGCUCCUCCGCCUUGCUCUGGAGGUGGAGGUGGACCAGCUCGCGACAGAUCUAGGCAGCCUCCUGGCGGACGCCGCCUCGGGGGCGGUGGCGUUCGACGCGGAGACAAGGAUGCCGGGUCGGGUCACCUUGCUGGGCUUCAUAAAGCACCACGCGGUGGCCACGUCCGACUGCCACGUGGUCAUCGGCGUUCCCGACCUCAGCGUGCAGAGCCAGGAGUGCGCCAUGAAGACGAAGCUUUAACCUCACCAGCGGUGGGCGGAAGCUGCUGUGACUACUAUUCGUGUUGGCUUUUCUAUUAUAGAGAGUAGCUUUUACGCAUAUCAUCUUCCAUAUACAUAACGUAUAGCUUUGAA